AUGCCUCGUCAAGCGCACGGCCGACCGCUCCAGCCCGGGCGGACCAAUGCCGCAAGCAAGAAAAAGACCUCUCGAAACCGCGGGCUGAAUGCCCUCGAGAUCGCGGAACGGGAGAAUCCCGACGAGAUCAAGAUCCGCCAACACCGUCUCGGACACGUCGACGAUGACGACGAAGAUCCCCGCGGCCGAGCGGAUGCCGACGAGCGGUCCUCGAAGAGAAGGAAGAUUGACAUUACACGUGGGGAUGAGAUUGCAGACGAAGGCUCCGACCUGGAGGGGAACCGGUGGCACGAAGGAGUGGAUGAGGACGACGAAGAUAGCGACAUUGACAGCGAAGAUGCGUUUGGCGCGAGCGACGAAGAACGGUUUGCGGACUUUACGUUCCGAGGGAGCGCUACUGUGCCGUCGGCAGAAUCCACAAAACCUCGCAGGCACGCAGACGUCGAUUUGGAUGAAGACGUGGUUGCGGAGGAUGAUGUUGUAGACGAAGGUGAAGGUGAGGAUGAGGACGAUUUUGGUGAUGAGGGCGUCGACCUGGCUACAGCGUGGGAUAUGGAUGAUCAAGAUGAACAAGAAGCCUUGAGAAAGCGGCGAAAACGUCGUGCAGGAGCCGAGAGCGAUGACGAAGAUCCGUUGACGGGCUUGGAUGAGGAAGAUGAAGACCAAGACGGCGAUGAUUCCGAGGCCGAAGACGACUCAGAGUCGGCAUUCUCCGUAUCUGAUGACGAUGAUGGAGAUCAUUCUCGACUGCAGAGUUUCGUCGAAGAACUUGCAGGUGGCGACCGAGCGCAGCCCAAGAAACAGCGUCGUGUUCAGAGCCUGCCGGACAAGCCGUCGCAAUUUGGUCUCAGCUCAGCUAAGAUUACAGCCGCUGAUCUACUACAAUACAUCAAAGACCCUCGUCAGCGGCAAUCGCUGAAGAUCUUGCAGAGUAGCGAGGAAAGGGGCCACGAGCCAUACAAAGGUGGAAUUCCUGGCAAACUUGCACCGCCCUUGGCCAAGAGACAGCAGGAUCGCCUCGACCGGUCUGCCGCUUACGACGAGACCAAGAAAGAACUGGGCAAGUGGAUUGAGACGGUCAAACGUAAUCGGCGAGCUGAGCACCUGUCGUUCCCGCUCGUGGAUGCCGCAGCUGCUGGCAUGUUGAGCGGCAAGCAGCUCGGGCCGACUUCCACCUCACACCCGAUGACGGAUCUCGAGGCUACCAUUCAGAGCAUCAUGAUAGAGAGCGGCAUGUUGACGAACGAUGGCCGCCCGCAGGAAGGUCGAGAAAACGAGUAUGAGGAGUUGCACGAGAAACAGAUGCAGCUGGCUGAAGUCCGGGCUCGACGAGCCGAGCUUCGCCGGCAACGAGAUCUGAUGUUCCGGGAAGAGAUCCGCGCCCGACGCAUCAAAAAGAUCAAAAGCAAGGCGUUCCGUCGUGUCCAUCGCAAGGAGCGGGAGAAGGCCGACGAAGGAAAUAGAGCGCUGCUGGAUGCACAGGGCUUGCUCAAUUCAGACGAAGAAAGAGAAAAGAAUGACCGGCGACGCGCAGAAGAGAGAAUGGGUGCGCGACACAGGGAGAGCAAAUGGGCAAAGAGUGUCAAGCUCACAGGCAGAGCUGCUUGGGAUGAUGACGCCAGACAUGGUGUCACAGACCUUGCACGUCGAGAUGAAGAGUUGCGAAGGCGCAUGGAAGGCAAGGCGGAUGCUGGCUCCGAUGCAUCAGAUUCGGAGUCCUCCAACUUUGACGGGUUCUCCGGCUCUGACGAGGAAAGGGAUCACCUCAGAAUCAAGCUCGAUGAACUUGACGCUGAUGAGCCUGACACGUCCGAGUCACGACUCAGCUCGAUGGCGUUCAUGAAGAAAGCCGAAGCUGCACGGAAAGCUGCCAAUGAGGAAGAGAUGCGCAAUAUCAGACGCAACCUCGAUGACAACGAACAAGAUUCUGCAAAUGAGGCAGAUACAGAGGAAGAGGAAAGCCCGGUCGGUCGUCAAAAGUUUGGUCCUACAGGCAAGGAAGGUCCGGUUCGACCUCUGCCGCAUGUCGAGAAGAGCGAGUUCGAGGAGCGCGAGUCCGAGAAUGAGCUCGAAGACCUCGCCGACAAUGAUCCGGAAGGUACUGUGAAUUCGAAGGGUGCCACGACGGUAACCAGUACGUCGGCUAGCAAAAGUGCUCUACGACCCAAAGCCCCUUCCCAGUCAUCGGGAGCAGCACCUUUGCCAAUUGAGCUACCGAGGCCCGGAAAAGGGGCGGAUGUAAAGACCAAAAAAGCAUCUCCAGCGGCUGCACAAGAGACUGCUAAGCCUCUCGUCAAGAUUCCGAAAAUCACAGAAACCCAACUGGACGACUACACCAGUCCGUCAGAGUCAGAGGACGAGCGGGACGAAAAAGCCGCAUUAGCUCAAGCUAUCUUCGCUGGGUCCGAUGAGAUCCAGCGCGAGUUUGCUAAGGAGAAGAAAGAGACAGUCGAAGAAGAAGGCGACCAGGUCAUCGAUAACAGCCUUCCCGGCUGGGGCAGCUGGGCGGGCGAAGGCAUCAGCAAGAAAGCCCAGAAGCGAGCCAGAGGACGCUUCGUGACGACCAUCAAGGGUGUGGCAAGAGACAAGCGACAAGAUGCCAAACUGGACAAGGUCAUUGUCAACGAAAAGCGUGUGAAGAAGAACAGCAAGUACCUGGCCAGCGAGCUGCCUCAUCCGUUUGAGUCAAGGCAGCAGUACGAGCGGUCGCUCCGUCUCCCAUUGGGUCCUGAAUGGACGACGAAGACGACGUUCCAGGACGCCACGAAGCCGAGGGUCUUGAUCAAGCAAGGCAUCAUUCGACCAAUGGCGGAACCGAUUGCAUGA